UAGCCUUCUUCUUCCUCUGCUCCUAGUGCCAGUGUCUGUCCGUGCCUUCCAAGCCCGAGUACUACCAUCAGAAAGAGGUGGAUAGCAGUGCGUGGAGGAUGGAGCGGGCGAACACGGAGCUGUACCUGGAGAACCUGUGCAUCAUGCAGCAGAACGAGCGGCUCCGGAGGAAGGCACAGCUGCUGGCCCAGGAGAACGAGCAGCUCCUCGCCGAUCUCAAGCGCAAGCAGCAGCACAUGGCGGCCUCCUCCAAGACGGCGCCCCAGCUGGUGAAGGGCGGCGAGCCGUCCGGCCAUAACGCGGCCAGCCUCAAGUCCGGCAAGCAGCAGCCCCAGUGAUCUCGCCGGAGUCGCGCGCGUGCGUGCAUGCAGUCGUGGAAGAGGAGUACUAGUUAAUUAAGUAGCACUAUAUGUACUCAGCAGAUUGUAGAUUAGAGCUGGCAUGCAUGCACAAGCUAGUAGUCCUAGUGGACGAUUUAGUUCUACUUUCGGUUGUUUAGCUAGAGGAAGUAGUGGUGGUGGCAGCUAGCGCUUUUGGGGUUUGUAUUUGAAUGGCUUUGCCUCUGUGGCGCCAUUUCUUGUUUAAGUCUGAUUGCCUUGAUGGUGAUGGGUACGUAGCGUACUAGACUACCAGUAAGAUGAAAAUCUGUAGUUUAAUGUGAACAAU